AUGCCUCUCUUUUCCGCGCAUUCACUCUCCCCUCCUCUCCUCUCCUCCACACCCCUCCCCCUACCUCCACCACUCUUUCCACCUCUUUUUUCCAACCAGGAGCCAAAGGUUCGUGUGCCCCCGGCGCCCCUCCUCUUCUCCCCCAUUCUCAACGCAUCCCUGCCAACCACCUUCCUCCACCUCAUUCCCCGCCGUUACCGCCGCUUCCUUCCUGCUUUGGAUAGUGCCCACCCGCUCGUGCUAUCUGUUCCCGGGGAUGCUGCUCCCAAGCACGCUGUGUGCCUACGGGUGAGUCUUUUGAGCUACUCCCAACCCGCCCAGCCUAGAACAGGCCUUGACCACCGCUUCCUCCCCGGCUUAGAGAGCACCCAAACGCGCGUGCUCUCUGCUCCGGGGGAUGCUGCUCCCAAGCAUGCCGUGUGCCUGCGGGUGAGUCUGGAAGAGCCAGAUAGAACCUGCUUUGCUGUUGUUGUUUGUUGUCCCGCCUUGACCGCCGCUUCCUCCCCCGGCUUAGAGAGCACCCAAACGCGCGUGCUCUCUGCUCCGGGGGAUGCUGCUCCCAAGCAUGCCGUGUGCCUGCGGGGGCGCGUGCUGCCCAGUCCCAGUGUUGCUGCUCGCAAGCACGCCGUGUGCCUGUGGGUAGCUGAGGAGUCCGAACCAGCAGUGGAGCUCUCUCUCUCCGAAGCCAUCUCAUCCCCUGUCACCGCACUCCACCUCUCCGGAACCACUGUCUUCGCCUCCACUCCCUCCACCACCACCAUCACAAGCACAAGCAGCAGCACAGAGAAUGAUGAUAUCACACACAAGGGGGCGGAUGCAGGUCUGGGGGCGCUGCUAGGGUUUGACGAUCCGUUUGCAGUGUUCCAUCUGGCAGCGAGAUUAGCCGCGUGGAGGAGCUGCUCCCUGCUUGCUCCACGCCUCCCCACGGGUGGAGACGCCGCCUUCCCUCCCUUUGCCCUCAAUCGUGCAUUACCCUUCAGCCCCUCCCCCCUGCUUACCCUUCAGCCCCUCCCCCCUGCUUACCCUUCAGCCCCUCCCCCCUGCUUACCCUUCAGCCCCUCCCCCCUGCUUACCCUUCAGCCCCUCCCCCCUGCUUACCCUUCAGCCCCUCCCCCCUGCUUACCCUUCAGCCCCUCCCCCCUGCUUACCCUUCAGCCCCUCCCCCCUGCUUACCCUUCAGCCCCUCCCCCCUGCUUACCCUUCAGCCCCUCCCCCCUGCUUACCCUUCAGCCCCUCCCCCCUGCUUACCCUUCAGCCCCUCCCCCCUGCUUACCCUUCAGCCCCUCCCCCCUGCUUACCCUUCAGCCCCUCCCCCCUGCUUACCCUUCAGCCCCUCCCCCCUGCUUACCCUUCAGCCCCUCCCCCCUGCUUACCCUUCAGCCCCUCCCCCCUGCUUACCCUUCAGCCCCUCCCCCCUGCUUACCCUUCAGCCCCUCCCCCCUGCUUACCCUUCAGCCCCUCCCCCCUGCUUACCCUUCAGCCCCUCCCCCCUGCUUACCCUUCAGCCCCUCCCCCCUGCUUACCCUUCAGCCCCUCCCCCCUGCUUACCCUUCAGCCCCUCCCCCCUGCUUACCCUUCAGCCCCUCCCCCCUGCUUACCCUUCAGCCCCUCCCCCCUGCUUACCCUUCAGCCCCUCCCCCCUGCUUACCCUUCAGCCCCUCCCCCCUGCUUACCCUUCAGCCCCUCCCCCCUGCUUACCCUUCAGCCCCUCCCCCCUGCUUACCCUUCAGCCCCUCCCCCCUGCUUACCCUUCAGCCCCUCCCCCCUGCUCCAAUUCCCCUCUCCCUCCCACCCUUACCCCCUCUCCAAGCUGCCCCACGUCUCCCCAAGGGCUAUAAUCUCCAGCCGCCCGUCCGCUCCUCUCUAACCAUCCUCAUGUCUAACCCUCUCUCAUGCUCCCUCUUCCUCUUUCCCCCCCCUCUUCCUCUUUCCCCCACUUCUCCUCCCCCCCCUCUCCCCACCUCUCAUCUCCAGCCGCCCAUCCGCUCCUCUCUAACCAUCCUCAUUGCGGGUUCAGACGCCGCAUGGAGACAACACAUGCCGCCCCCCUUGCACCCCGCCAACCUGACUGCCGCCCUGCACAAGGAGUGCUCCCGUGCACAUCUGCCCUGUGAGGUGGUGCAAGCACAGGAGGGUGAUGACCCAUGCACCGAUCAGGUUCCGGCAUGGAUGCAAGCUGAUCUGCUGCUGCUGCCUUGGGUCCCUGCUGCACCCACCAACACCACCACUGUCAAUAAAACCCAAGCCAGAAAGCUGCGGGAGAGGCAAAGAGAGGAAUUGGAAAGACACUACACGCCAGAGCUGCUACACUUGGGGUUUCAAGGGGUGUUGAAAUGGAUAAGGGAGCAGCUAAAAGGAUGGGAAGGGAAGGGGGGAAGCAAAGUUGAGAGGAAGGGAGUGAGAGGAGAAGUAAUAGAGGAUGAUGAGUAUGCUUGUGCGGGGAGGGAAGUGGAGAAUGUGGGCGCUCAACAUGAGGAGGAGGAUGACCUAUGGGACUCAGAUGAGAACCCUGGAAGUGAUAAGAAAACCUAG